GACGUCGCUUCCUGGCUUCCUUCUGCUUCACAACUUGACAAUUCUUCAACGGCGCACCAGGGGCCCCGUUGACCCGGGGGACUGUUUUCUGCUGCCUCCGCGACGCGGCCGUGUUGUUUUCGCGGUUGCGACAGUCAAAUCCUAUACCAGUAAUCUUGUGCUUCAGCAAGCGCACUCCGGUAACGCGUAUCGGCCCGCGCGCAAACAACCCUUGCGACUUUGUUUCCUGGUUGGCAGCAGCCUAGUGCAUGCUCUGAAGUCCGCAAUAGCCAUCAGGUAAAAUGUAUGUUACGUGUAGCGGCCCAUCCACCUAGUCGAAUUAACAGGGGAAUUGUGCGGCAGCAAUGUGCACUCUGAGCACGUUUCACGCCCCGCCACAUCUCGCGUAGGCGCGACGCUCGCCUGUUUCGACGCGUGCUUCAAUAUAGAAAGUCGACUACCUGUUUCUGCCCUUGCUGCGUCUAGGAGAACUCCUACAGCUUUUACAAACGACUUUGCGCAACACCGCGUGGUGCGCCACGCAACGCCUCGACGAGCCGGAUUCAAUCCGUCGUUACUCUUACAUCCUCAAUUACAUUAAGCAUUACAGUUCAAGGCACCUCGUCUGUGUGGCCGCCUUCGUCUGUCCAUGCCCCACGCCCAAACAGCCUGAAAGUCGCGGCUAAUAGUCCAAUGCUUCAUCGUGCUCACGCCAAGGCGACUCGCGUCAAUUCAGGGCGGCAGUGUGCAGCGGAGCGGUCCUGCGUGCCACGGAGAGUUCUGCCGGCGCACCGCGUUCGCGAUGUCGCACUAGCAAGCGCUGCGCCGGCCGCAACUGGCGCUGCAUCGCAAGCCGCUCCCGUUCCGGCUGCAGCAGCUAAUGGAGCCCCGGCACUCAUCCCGGUCACGGGAGGCCCCGUGGCGGAGGUUAACAUAGAAGGCGGGCUGCGGGGCUACUGGGAGCUUCUGAACACCGCCGAGAGUGGCGAGGUGUUCAGCCAGAGGGCGAGGUCGGCCAGCGACGCGGCGGUGCUGCGGCGGAAAGGCCACCUCAAGGAGCAGGACCGGCUAAUUGACUUCAUGCGGCGAAUGCACGAGACGCACACGUGCGAGGAGGUCAUGCUGAAGAUGGAGCGGUGGAUUGCGGAGCACCGACAGGACCCCAAACGCUCGCGGCUGCGGCGGCUCAUUCCGGGCAUUGGUAUCUUCUUCACACCGCUCAAGCUGGUGGAGGCGUUCCGCGAGUACGACGCUUUCUUCGCGCUCAGCCGCCGCAAAUACAUCCCGCCCAACUUCGCCGAGCUCCGGCACGUGGUCAACAUCGCGCAGGUGCACGCCAGCGCCGACUCGCUCAAGCUGAUCACCUUUGACGCGGACGGCACUCUGUACGCGGACGGCGCGCACAUGGAGCAGGACAACCAGAUGAUCGCGCACAUCAUUAACCUGAUGAGGAGCAACGUGCAGGUGGCGAUUGUGACGGCCGCCGGCUACCCAGGCGAGCCGGAGAAGUUUGAGAAGCGCGUGAUGGGCCUGCUUGAGGCCUUCCGCAAACUCAAGCUCAGCCCCGAGGUCACCAGCAGGUUCCACAUCAUGGGCGGCGAGUGCAACUACCUGCUGCGGGUGCGGCCCGACGACAAGCGGCUGGAGUUCGUGCCCGACAACGAGUGGAAGACAGCCACCAUGAAGAGCUGGAAGGAGGAGGACAUUGUGGCGCUGCUGGAUGAGGGCGAGGCCAUGCUGCAGGAGGGCGCCAAGCGGCUGAACCUGGCAGUCAACAUCAUCCGCAAGAACCGGGCGGUGGGCAUUGUGCCCACACAGCCCACCAUCUACGAGGUUCUCGAGGACAUCGCGCUCACCAUCCAGACGCAACUGGUCGCAAAGGUGCCCUUCUGCGCCUUCAACGGCGGCAACGACGUGUUCGUGGACGUGGGCAACAAGCUGCUGGGGCUGGAGGCGCUGAUGCGCUACCUGCAGGUGGCGCCGCCCGAGGUGCUGCACGUGGGCGACCGCUUCACUGACUCGGGCAACGACGUCGCCACGCGCGACAUCUGCUCGGUGCUGUGGGUGGCAAACCCCGAGGAGACGGGCUUCUUCAUCAAGAUGUUGCUGAAGGACAUUCGCAAGAGCCGCUGGCAGCCCUACAUCGAGUAGAGAUGGGAGCGGUUCAUCUUGCAGAUCUCAGGGGGGCUUUCAGGCAUACUCGCAAGAGUUACUGGCAGCCUUACAUCGGGUAGAGGGGGCCGGGCGCCUGGGCGGGCGACCGGGCGAGUGGAAGCAGGGAGGCAGGGUCAGAUGCAGGGCGGGAGGGCGGAAGCAGGGCGGGAGGGCGAAAGCAAGGAGGAAGGUGAAGGAGCACAGAGGAGGGAGGGAGGAGGUUGACGACGACAGUCCCAGUGCGGCUGUGUCGCAAAGGUAGUGCAAGGGGGCGAGACAGGCUGGGGGAAGGGGUUACCAGGACCAAACCACGAGUGCGCUGGGCUGCGCUGGGCAAAGGGGUUAGGGGAAGGGGAGGGGCGUUGAGGCGGGCUGAAGCUUGCGUGCGCGCAAACAUGGUAAGCCGGCCGGUGCAAGCUGGUGGCCCCGCUCAGCUUUGUGGUCUGUGUGCGAUCAAGUAAUCGUAUGUUUCUUCGCUGCGUAUGUGUGGCCGCUGUGGAUAUUGCUUGCUCGGUGAACGGCGAAGUGUUGCGAUGGUGUGAUGCGUUGGCAACGGCUUUGGCUUUGUGCAUUGUGUUGCAGUUGGGGCUGGGGGCGAGGGGCGCCGCAGCCGUGCCGUUUGCCGCGGCGUUGGCAGCUCGUGGUCUCGAUGUGCGCGCCCGCUCCCUUGCGCAGCAGGGUCGGGAUGAAUGGUGGAAGGCAAUACAAAAGAAGUUGGGAGAAUGGAUGGACAGAUGCGCGUAAACCGUACGUGUGCAUGUACGCACAUGCAGGCGGUGUGGAGGGCAUCUCCAGCAGCUGGGUGUGCUGCUCGGGCUCGUACUGGUGUCCUCGUUGCGUUUGCGUGGCUGUAUGGUGGAGGUGCGCAAACGCUGUAGUAACCCCGCAGGCUAAGGGCAGGGGAUGGUCGCCGCGGGUUGUGGUACUGAACUGUUGAUAAGGCAUCAUGCAAGCCUCUCGGGUGAAGGGCCUAGCCAUGACGGCCCAGGGUGUGUGAUGGGACAGGGUUCAGGCAGGUUGGCGAGGUCCCAUAGGGUGCAGCUGACGCCCGUAUGACGGCCCAGGGUGGGGGUUGUAAAUACCAGCCCAA